AGGAUCAUCGCAGGCGCUGGCCGUCCUCUCGUGCAGGACGUGCGCGCCGCGAUUCAUUCAUGACUGCACCAUCGUCAUCGUCAGCCUGAUCAUUCAUCAUCGCGAAUAAACCAUGCAGAGCAACAAUAACGGUAACGAUGAGGAGGAGGACGCGGGCGAUAAUCAGUGCGACAGCCAAUUAGCCGUUGCCAGGAUCAGGACACGGCAACCGAGGGCACAUCGUCGAGCUGCUGCAGGACCGCUUCUGACAACCUGCCAAUGGAAUGUCGUCGUCGUCGUCAUCGCGCUCGUCUCGCUACACGCCUCCGUAGGUCAAUUCGGCUAGAUAACUCGUGCUAGCGCAAAAGUUCAGUCGUCGCAAGUCGCAAGUUGCAAGUCGAGCUUUAGUGGGCCAAAUAACGAAAUUUAUUCUAUAUAUCAACGUACACUCAUACAAAAAUAGAUAUACGUAUCAAUAGGCAGAGAGUUUCUAUAGAUAUAUAUCACGCAUUAUACAUAGAAAGGAUGGCAGAAGGUCUUGGAGGUGCUGGCCAUCGCCGGGCCAGUAGUGACAAUCAAAUAUCCCACAAUCAAAUCGACGUCGAGGAGUGCCUCGGUAGCUGGCUCACAUAUCUGCAGAUGUUGAACGGACUGUGCUCGGCUGGUACGAGAUUAGCGCUGUCCCUGCAGACGCUGGUGUCGGUGCACGACACCAUGGCACAGUGCCGAGUCACUACGCAAUGCCUGGCCGGCUGGGAGGAGCUCACGCGCGCCACCAACGUCGCCAGCCACACCGUGAAGAAGCACGUCGACGCCGCUAUGAAGGACUACGAGAUCCUCGACAACGACGGCGAGAAGCACGACAUCCUUCGUGACAAUUUGCUGACCUUCAUCAAUCUUCAGUAUCAGUUCUGCGUCGCGUGCUGCAAAUGCCUGGGAAGCAUGGCCGAGUGCUCGUGCUCGCAGGACGGCAGCGAGUGCGACAUCGUGGCCUUGCAGCAGUGCUUCGAGCGUCUCUACAGCUCGCCACCGCCACCGACUCAACAGCAGCAGCAGCAACAGCAACAACAGCAGCAGAGCAGUCAUCGCUCGCCCCUGCCCUACUCCCUGUUUCCACUGCAGGUCCAGCGGAGAUGGUCGGAGACCGCAGCGGCCGAGAUGAGCGGCUGCAGCGGCAGCGAGUCCGGCGACCAGACCCUCCGACGCUGGUCCAUGCCGUGGGACUGUCGCCACGUGAGCGAGUGGCCGCGUCAGGUUCAGGAGGGCCGCACGAGGCUCAAGGUGCCCAUGCCCCUGCAGAUGUCCCAUCAGAAUCAGGCCAGCAACAGCAGCAGGUCCACCACUCCGGACUCGCUGUGGAACAGCGGCGGUGGCGUUGCUGGUGCUGGGACGAAGCCGCAGCAGCAUCACCAUCAUCACUACCAUCACCAUCACUUCCACAACCAGCCGCAGUCCCAGCAGCAGCAACAGAGUCCUUACAGCCUGCAACAGCAACAGCAGCAGCAACGAGAGCAGCAGCAACAGCAGCAACAGAACGCCAGUCAGGAUGGCUUGAGGGAGGCCAUCCAGUUGCUGUCGUGCAAGCCCGGCAUCAGGGUGUCGUCCACGGGCCAUCAUCAGCAGAUCCUCGUGACUCAGCAUCAAGCCGCGCCCGGACUGACUCUCACCACCUACGACGCCGGCUACGACGUCUCCUCCGGCGGGGGCUCCUGCUGGCCCGACUCGAGGCCCAUCGGCUCGUCGCUGCGCAACUGCUGGCCUACCCAUCAUCACGAUCACUCGCACUCGAGCGAUCACUCGCGCGACAGCGACCACAGUCAUCGGGAUUCUGAGCACAGCGGAGGAAGCGGCAGUGCCCACGGAGACAGCAAGGACAGCAUCCACUCGCAUCACAGUGAUUACAGCUGCCAUCGGGAGUCCGAUCCUGGCGUCGUCGACCUACUCUCUUCGCGCAAGAACAGCUCGUCCACGGACUCGUGCAUAUCGGUACACAGCCGCUCGGGCUCGGAGAGCGCAGCCGGUGCAGGGGAGUCGGUGCGAUCGAACCUGUACUCGAUGUGGAGUGGCAACGAUCUGCCCUUCAUCAAAUUACCCGAGAGCACCGAGGCUCAGGAUGACUCGAUAAUCUAAGACUAAGACGAACGAGAGAUCCCCUUCGACUUGCGGAUCGAUUUCUUAACGACCAGACGGCCAUAGCUGAAACAUGCCAAAUCAACACCAAAGAUGCAAUAUAUAUUAUACACUUUACGUACAUAUAAAUACGCAAAGUUUGAGUUUUAAUUUUACUUUACGGAAAAAAGAGAAGAAAAAAAGAAAAAAACUUACAAACAGCUUACAUACUACGAUAUGAUUAUAUAUGCGCGUUCUCCCAAUAAUGAUUAACGAGGCUAUUUUUAAAUCGUAUUGUAAUACUUAUAUACUGUACAUUUCACACUUGACAACUGCCAAAAAAAUGAAUAUUCUAUAACGUGUACACGUAUGAAUGUAUAGUUACGAGUUAUUAUACACACAAUGUACAAGAGAGGAGGCAAUUUAGCAUAUUGUAAAUGAACAAUCGAAGGAAAACAAAAAAAAAUCGACUAUGUCUAAAACAUGGAUGUAUUUUAGCGUUAAGAAAUGUUCCCAAACUAUGGCAUACAUAUGCGCGCGAGUGCCACAGAAGCAAAUACAUAACAUAAAAUAAGAUAUACUCGGAUUAUGAUAUUAUAUAAAUAUAAUUUAGCAAAUGUGUUUUGCGCGCACGUGUAUGCUUAAUACUAAAUGGAAAAAUAUAAAAACACGCGCACUCACGAUAUAAGAG